GCAGGACUUCCUGUGGAACAUCAAUAACAGCUGAUUUCUUGAUAACCUCAACAACAACGAGCGUCGUUUGGACGAUAGCGGCGUUGCGUAUUAUCGUUUCACUUUCGGCUGACCUGAUCACUCGUGCUGUGUACAACGACGUGACACCGUUUUAUUAUUUCGUCGCAUGUGUCAACGUUCAGAGCAUGUCCACUUUGGAGGAGGUGACGGAAAAUCUGACGGCGCAGGUGAACGAGCUGCAGGCUUUGCAGUCGGUCUACCCGACAGAACUCACAGUGGCGGACCAUGGGGUUUUGGCUGACAUCAAUGGCUACAUCGAAUGUCCUGACAGAGACCCACCACGGUGGCUGGAAUACGCCAUCGCGAUUCCGUUGAACGGAGAGUUGAUCGAACUGAUGGUGAGCCUACCAACCAACUACCCCCAGGAGCAGCCUGAGGUAUACGUGAGAAGUUCUCAGUUCGACAGAACGCAACAGUGCCUAUUGAACAAGGAACUCUCUACCAUCGUGAAGGCCCAAGAGGCAGGGGAGCCGUGUAUCUACACACUGAUCUCGUGGCUACAGGACAACGUGGAAACUUAUCUGAAAGCUUCCGCGUCUGGCCAAACGAUCAAGUGCAAUGACGCUGAUAAAAGUAACUCAACCAAUCAAGCUGUAGUUUUCUCCCGGUAUUGGAUCUAUAGUCACCACAUAUACAGCAAGUUCAAGCGACGGGACGUGGCCAAUCUGACGAAGGAAAACUCGAUCACGGGCUUCUGUUUAGCCGGCAAGCCGGGGAUCAUUUGCAUCGAGGGAACUCUGGAAGACUGCGAUUAUUGCUGGCUAAAGGUGACAUUCACCGGUGAUUUCUUUCAGUGGUUUUUCUCAACGUCGCAUAUUUUCGUGUCAUUAUUCCGUGACUUACAGAUCAAAGCUAUGAACUGGCACAGGAUACUGAUCAAACUACUGGAAAAGGAGGAAGAUUGCAACAAUGUGGACGGCUUGCGCAAGUUUACAGAUUUUCAAGAGGUCUCCUUUCCCACCACCGAGCGCCACAAUGACAUGGGCCAACUUCUCAAAUACCUAACCGAGCAUGACUGUCAGCACGCGUUCAAAGAGCUCUUCGGUAUCGAGGGAAAAUUCAGCAAACUCUCAGAUUAACAUACAUAACUGUACGAUAAAUGUUACAUGAUAUAAUAAAUGUGUAUUUUGUAUAAAAUAAUUAA